UGGGAGCCAAUGAGAGGCAGAGCGUCAGUGUCCGUGUCUGUGUGCAGAAGGGCGUGUUGUCUCUAUUUAAACCACUGGCUUUGCACGGAUUACACACACGCUCACGCAUCUUACCUGAAGAACAGUCUCGUCGUGCACUUCGGCACCAGUAAAACUUAUCCAGAAUGGGAGACGCUAAUCCAGUCAACGAUGAGGUGCAGAAUUUUGACAAGGGGAAGCUGAAAAAGACCGACACAAAGGAGAGUAACACUCUUCCAACCAAGGAGGUAAUUGAACAGGAGAAGAAAGAACAGACGACACCGUCGACAACAUCGUGAAAGAUGCCUGAUGUGAUCCUCCUGCUUCAAGUCCCGCCCUGUUAACAAUCAACGAGGAGUCCUGUCCAUCAUCACUGCCUCUGUUUUUCUAUGUCGCCAUGUUUGAUUAUAAAUGGUAUUUGGGUUGGUGCGAUGAGGGGGAAAAAAAAAAAUCUGUCGGGUUAAAUCAUUGCAAUGGAUGCUUCGUACUGUGCUUGUUUCAUGCAGGUUAGAACAGAGCAACAACUAUUAACGGUGUUGGUUUUACCUAAUGGGGGAAAAACAUUGUUGGUAUAAAAUGGGAAUCACAUUCAGAUAUUACAUUUACUAACAAUAUGUAUGCCUGUAAAUGGUGCCAUUGAAAAAUGUCAUGAAAAAUUGUGCAAAAGAUUAUAUUUUUGUUUGAAUAAACCAAUGUAUCAAAAAGG